UCAGAGACCGAUGCCAGAAAAAAAAUCAGAGAGAAAGAAAGAAAGAGAGAAAAAAGCUUUAUUUUUAUUUGUAAAUUUCUUUUUUUUUUCUUUUGAAGAGUGUACGAGCUCUGAUAUCUGCUGCAAUUUAUACAGGUUGAUGGGAAGGAGAUUAGAGGCCGAGCAGUGAGUUGUUUGUGUUUUGGCAGGAGGAAAGAGGAAGAGUGACAGCGACUAGAGAUAAAAAGUGGAAAGAAAGAGAGAGAGAGAAAGAGAGAAAUAAGAAUUGAUUGACUGAUGCAUAAAUCAAGAAGAUUGAUGUUGAAUUGAGACAGAUAUAUGCUUGUUUUGGUGGUUUUGAUCAGAGUCUCAGGAAAAGUUGGGGGUUUUACGAGAGUGGUGAUGGUGGAUUGAGUUGAAUUCGAGUUAGGGUUUAUAGUUUAAGGAAUUUGAGACUAUUAGAUGGAAGAUCUGAGCUGAAAACAUUUGGCGGAGAAAUGACAGCUUAGGAGGUAUCAAUGAAAGGAAAUUGUGUUAACGUAAGAGGAGGAGAAAGCUGUUCUUCUGGUUACAGUGAGUCAAUGGAUGCUAGGAAGACCAUGGAAGGGCAAAAUGGUCAUUCCACUCAUCAAGCUGCCAUCAGAGACCCUGAAACAGCGCUGUAUACGGAGCUAUGGCAUGCAUGUGCGGGACCGCUGGUGACCGUCCCUCGCGAAGGAGAGCGCGUGUUCUACUUUCCUCAAGGUCACAUAGAACAGGUUGAGGCGUCUACUAAUCAGGUUCCAGACCAGCAUAUGCCAGUGUAUAAUCUUCCAUCUAAGAUCCUUUGUCGGGUGAUUAACGUUCAACUAAAGGCUGAACCAGAUACCGAUGAGGUUUUUGCACAAGUGACUCUACUUCCUGAACCUACUCAGCAAGAUGAGAAUACCGUGGACAAGGAGUCUCCCGUUCCUCAACCACCAAGGUUCCAUGUUCAUUCCUUUUGCAAGAUCUUGACUGCCUCAGAUACAAGCACCCAUGGUGGGUUUUCCGUUCUCAGGCGGCAUGCGGAUGAAUGUCUUCCACCAUUGGACAUGUCACGGCAACCUCCAACCCAGGAGUUGGUUGCUAAGGAUUUGCAUGGAAAUGAGUGGCGAUUCCGACAUAUCUUCAGAGGUCAACCACGAAGGCACUUGCUUCAAAGCGGCUGGAGUGUAUUUGUUAGCUCCAAGAGGCUUGUUGCAGGGGAUGCGUUUAUAUUUUUAAGAGGUGAGAAUGGAGAAUUGCGUGUUGGUGUACGACGCGCAAUGAGGCAGCAGGGCAAUGUUCCUUCAUCAGUAAUAUCAAGUCACAGCAUGCAUCUUGGUGUGCUUGCAACAGCAUGGCAUGCCUUCACAACAAAAACCAUUUUCACAGUGUAUUACAAACCUAGGACAAGUCCGGCUGAGUUUAUUGUUCCAUUUGGUCAGUACAUGGAGUCAUUAAAGAAUAAUUACUCAAUAGGUAUGAGGUUUAAAAUGAGGUUUGAAGGGGAAGAAGCUCCUGAACAGAGGUUUACUGGAACAGUGGUCGGGAUUGAGGAUGCUGAUCCCAAAAGGUGGCAGGAUUCCAAGUGGAGAUGUCUCAAAGUGCGAUGGGAUGAGACGUCUUCCAUACCUCGUCCGGAGAGAGUUUCUCCUUGGAAAAUUGAACCUCCUUUAGCUCCUCCUGCCUUAAAUCCCCUUCCAAUGCCCAGGACCAAAAGGCCUCGAUCCCAUGCAGUACCUUCAUCCCCUGAUUCCUCUGUGCUGACUAGGGAAGGUUCAUCCAAAGUUACUAUAGACCCAUCGUCAGCUAGUGGGUUGUCAAGGGUUUUGCAAGGCCAAGAAUUCUCGACCUUGAGAGGCAACUUUGCUGAGAGUAUUGAGUCGGACACUGCUGAAAAGUCAGUGAUGUGGCCUCCUUCUGUAGAUGAUAAGAACAACGAUGUUGUUUCUGCUUCAAGAAGAUUUCCAUCAGAGAAUUGGAUGUCCUCUGGGAGGCAUGAACGAACAUGCACAGAUCUGCUCACGGGGUUUGGGUCAAAUGCUGAGUCCUUGCAUGGCUACUGUUCAUCCUUGGUUGAUCAAACUUUAGUGGCUGGUAAUUCAACGAGAAAACAAUCACUACAUCAAGAAGGAAAGCUUGGCUCUUGGUCGCUCAUGCCCUCUGGUCUGUCACUCAAGUUGGCAGACACCAAUGCAAAGUCUCCACUGCAAGGUUCUGAUGUGCCUUAUCAAAUGCGAGGAAAUGGUAGAUGUAGUGGUUUUGAUGACUAUCCUAUACUUCAAGGUCAUAGGAUUGAACACUCGCAUGGAAACUGGUUGAUGCCUCCCCCCACUUCAUCUCAUCAUGAAAGCAAUCCAGUCCAAUCAAGAGAUUUAAUGCCCAAAACAUCAUUUGUACAAGGGCAUGAGAAUGGAAAAUAUAGAGAAGGAAAUUGUAAACUCUUUGGUAUUCCUCUCAUUAGAAAUUCUGUUGCAUCAGAGCCGACCGUCUCUCAUACUAAUGCCUUGAGUAAGCCUGUGGCUCAUAUGCAAGCUGCAUCCCACCAAGUUCUUGAAUUUGUGUCUGCUCAAAAUUCUGAAAAGUUGAAGGUCUUGCAAUUGGCAGAGGUGGAGGACCUGUCUAAUUAUAACGAGCAGGAGAAACAGCCUCGUACACGAGAGAUUCAAAGCAAACCUUCAAGUGCCUCAACUAGGAGUUGUACCAAGGUUCACAAGCAGGGGAUUGCUCUUUGUAGGUCGGUGGACCUUACUAAGUUCAAUGACUAUGAUGAACUGAUUGCUGAGUUGGAUGGAUUAUUUGAAUUUAAAGGCGAGUUAAUGGCCCCUAAGAAGAAUUGGCUCGUUGUUUAUACUGAUGAUGAGGGUGAUAUGAUGCUUGUUGGAGAUGAUCCCUGGCAGGAAUUUUGUGCCAUGGUUCGCAAGAUUGGUAUCUACACUAGGGAGGAGGUCCAGAAAAUGAAGCCAGGAUCAUUGAGUUCAAAGGGUGAGGACAAUUCAGUUUCCACAGGAGGCGUAGAUGGAAAGGAAAUGAUGUGUCCAUCAGCAUCUAGUGCAGAGAAUUGUUAGCUUUCUGUUAUGAGGCAUAAGGAGUGGUAUGCUAUAGUGACAUUGCAAAUGGUUAGAACAUGGAUCGGUUUGAGUUGAAAAGUGACAGUUUAUCAGAUGUAGAUGGUGGCAGGAGUAGUAUAGUCAAAUUUUGCACUUGUUGUGAAGGUAAUACUGUACGAUGUCCACUAUAUAUAACAUAAAUUAUGUAAAAUCCGAAUCAAUCAGGGUGUCCUUUUGUCUCGUGUACAGAGGUAGUCAUACCUUCGUAUUGUGAUAUGUGAAUGUAAGUUAAAUACAUAAUCUAAUGUUUCAAUUAAGCAAUAUCAUUGGUAAAA